AUGAAACGGGAGGCGCUGGGCGAGAUCGUGAACACGGUCAAAUCUACCUCCUUCUCGCUCAUCACCUCCGGUCUGAAGCUCUGGCCGUUGGCGCAUGUGGUCACCUACGGCGUCAUUCCCGUGGAGAACCGGUUGCUGUGGGUAGACCUGGUGGAGAUCUUGUGGGUGACGAUUUUGUCGCGGGAGGCGGCCAACGCGGACGCGGAGAAAGCGGAGGCGAUAGGAGACGUGGCGGUAGAGGAAGCCUCCUCCAAGACGUUGGCCGUGGUGGACAGUGAGACGAUGCAGGCGCCGAGUGCCCGUGCCGCGGGUGACGACAUGGAGCCUGUGAUUUUCAUGCCGCUCGCGUCGAAUGUCUCUGACCUGGAAACUGAAGACGGCCAACUACGAGACCAUGCAGAACACCACCCCGAGCAGGAGCAACAGAGGGCAGUGUCUGUGCACAGAGAGGAUGAGUUCGUGUAA